GACGUAAUCGCGCAGCCAAGUCGGCAUCUGAGAAGGCGUUGUGUGCGAAAACCGCUAGCAACCUAUCCACAGACAGAGUAGAGCUCAAAGCCUGGGAUUAUAGGGUGGGUGCGAUAUCGCUGUACUUCUUUUUGGAGAUAUUUCACAGUUAUAAUCCAGGGUCUUGCUUUGAGGUGCACCAUUUUGUUUCCGUUUUGCUCUUUGUUGGAUCUCUUUAACCCCGCCCCCUGCAAUAGGAGCGUGGGGCAGGCGGGCGGCCGAUGUUUAGGGAGGGUCAGCCCCCCUCCUGACGUUCGUGGACUCCUCUGCGCUCAGAAGGGAGGGUAACCAUGAGCACCCCCAAACCCAGCGGCCUGAAGGCCCCCAGCAAGAUCGGCAGGCCGGCGGGGGCAGCCACCAAAACCUCCCCCCCCUCCGCCCUGCCAAAGCCUGCCCCGGCUGAGAAGCUGCCCCCCAGUCCCGCGACCGCGGAGGGCCAGGGGGCAGAAGAGGUCUUCCAGGUGGGGGAGCGCGUGUGGGUUAACGGGAACAAGCCCGGCUUCGUGCGUUUCGUGGGGGAGACCCAGUUCGCUCCCGGCCAGUGGGCGGGCAUCGUCCUGGACGACCCCAUCGGGAAGAACGACGGCUCGGUGGCGGGCGUGCGCUACUUCCAGUGCGAGGACCAGCGGGGGAUCUUCACCCGGCCCUCCAAGCUGUCCCGCGCCCCCGUGCCCGAAAGCGAGGCCAACGGGGCCCGGACGGCCUCCGCCUCGCAGGCCAGCACCCCCACCUCCAACACGCCGGCCACGUCCACCGGCGCGCCGCCCGCCUCCAAGAAGACCGCGCCCGCCAAUACCGCCACCGCCACGGCGCCUACCGGCAGCAACCUGGCCCGGACCACCAGCGAGUCCAUGUCCAACCUCUCAGACGUGGGCUCGGCCAAAAAGGGCGAGCGGGAGCUGAAGAUAGGGGACCGGGUGCUGGUAGGGGGCACUAAGGCGGGGGCUGUGCGUUUCCUGGGCGUGACAGACUUUGCCAAGGGGGAGUGGUGUGGCGUGGAGCUGGACGAGCCCCUGGGCAAGAAUGAUGGAGCAGUGGCGGGAGCCAGGUACUUCCAGUGCCAGCCCAAGUACGGCCUCUUCGCCCCCGUGCACAAGGUGACCCGCAUCGGCUUCCCCUCCACCACGCCGGCCAAGGCCAAGACCAAGGGGCGCAAGUCGGGGGCCAGCCUCAAACGCAGCCCCAGCGCCUCCUCCAUCAGCUCCCUCAGCUCCCUCGCCUCCUCCGUGGGCGGCAAGCCCAGCCGCUCCGGCCUGCUGACGGAGACGUCCUCCCGCUACGCGCGGAAGAUCUCGGGCACCACCGCCCUGCAGGAGGCGCUGAAGGAGAAGCAGCAGCACAUCGAGCAGCUCCUGGCCGAGCGGGACGUGGAGCGGGCGGAGGUGGCCCGCACCACCAACCACAUGGGCAAGGUGGAGCAGGAGCUCAGCCUGAUGAGGGAGAGCCAGGAGCAGUACGUGCUGGAGAUGGAGGCUAAGAUGGACCAGCUGCGCAUGCUGGUGGAGACGGCUGACAAGGAGAAGGUGGAGCUGCUGAACCAGCUGGAGGAGGAGAAGAGGAAAGUGGAGGACCUUCAGUUCACUGUGGAGGAAGCUUGCAUUACCAAAGGUGACUUAGAGACGCAGACCAUACUGGAGCAUGCCCGCAUAAAGGAACUCGAACAGAGCCUCCUCUUUGAAAAGACCAAAGCUGACAAACUCCAGAGGGAGUUAGAAGACACUAGGGUAGCCACUGUCUCUGAGAAGUCGCGGAUCAUGGAGCUGGAGCGGGAGCUGUCCCAGCAGGCCGAGGAGAUGGCGGGACUGCGGCUGCGGCUGGACGAGCCGCCGCCGGGCCCGGGGCCGGGGUCGGGGGGGUCGCCCGGGCCUCUCCUGGAGGAGCUGGGGGCCCUGAGGGAGCGGCUGGAGGCCCAGAGCGCGGAGCACCGGGCCGAGGUCGCCGCCCUGAGGGACCGGCUGGAGGCGGGCGAGAGGGCGCACGGGCAAGAGCUGGCCCUCCUGCGGGCCGGCGGCGGCGCCGGGUCGACCGAGCCCAGGGGCGAGGCGGGCGAGGUGGAGGAGCUGAGGGCCCGUCUGCGGGAGGCGGCGGAGGAGAAGGAGCGUCUGGAGGAGGCGCUGCGAGGGAGCCUGGAGCGCACAGAGGAGCAGCACCUGGUGGAGAUGGAGGACGUGCUGGGCAAGCUGCACUCCUCCGAGAUGAAGGUCAGUGAGUUGACCAAAGAACUUGAGAGCAAGUUCCAGAAGGUUCUGUCCCUGCAGCAGAGCCUGGACUCUGCAGAGCAGUACAGGGCCUCGCUGGGGGAGGAGCUGGAGAGCGUGGUAAGUUUUGGGAAGAAGAGGUUCGAAGGGGAUUCAGAGGAAAAGAAGAAGGCAGUGGAGACUAUGCAAGAGACAAUCAAGAGGCUUUGUGAAAAAGAGAAACAGUGCUUGGCCCUUUCUACUAAAGUAGAGGACCUGGAAACCCAGCUGGCAGGAAUGGGAAGGAAGCUGAAGGCAGCGGAGGAGAGACGAGACCAGCUGACUGAGGAUAAAGCCAAACUGGAGAGUGACAUCACAGGCAUGAUGAGAUCAUCAGGGGACAGCUCCGCCCAGCUCACCAAGAUGAAUGAUGACCUCAUUCAGAAAGACAGGAGGCUGGUGGAACUGCAGACGCAGCUCUCAGAGGCCAGAGAGCAGACGGCUCGGUCUGAGGAGGGCCGGAGGAAGGAGCAGAUUCGGGCGGGGGCCGAGCUCAAGGCCCUCCAGGAGCGGCUGGAGCAGAUGGCUUCCCAGCCCGUGGGGCGGACGGCGCAGGAGCACGAGGAGCUGGCGAGAGAGCUCGGUGCUCUGAAGCAGCAGAACUCAAAGUACCAGGAGGAGCUGAGCCUGUCCCAUGAGAUAGAGGAGCUUAGGCUGGCCGCUACCCAGAAGUCUCAGAGCCUGGUUGCCCUUCAAGAGGAGAACGGCAAGCUGGCCAAUGAGCUGGGCCACGGCGGGCAGCGCAAGGAUGGGGAGGACCGUUUGCUUCUGAACAGUCAGGACACGAAGAGAAGGGAGAGCUCGUCUGAGACGGAGCCGGAGGGGGAGAAGGCCGCCCUCCAGCAGUCCUUGCAGAACACCAGUGCCUUGAUCCUGGAGAAGGACAAAGAGCUGGAGACCCUGAGGAAUGAGAUCGCGGUUCUGCGGGGGGAGAGCACCAUGGCGAAGACGCUGCAGUCGGCCGUGCGGUCGCUGGAGACGGACAAGGCCCAGCUGCAGGCCCGGGUGCGGAGCCUGGAGCAGCGGCUGGCGGCGGGGUCCCCGGGGGCCGCUGGAGACGACGCCUCCACGGGUGACUCGACCUUGGACCAGCUCCGGGAGGAGAAGGAGUUUGCAGAGGGCCAGAUUGACUUCCUGAACUCGGUCAUCGUGGACCUUCAGAGGAAGAACCAGGAGCUGAAGAUCAAGCUGAAGAAGCUGGCGGAGGCGUCCUUCAACGGGAACACUGACGGCGAGCUGGACAACCACGGCAGUCUGUCCAAGAAGAAGGCCACCCCCCGGCUCUUCUGUGACAUCUGCGACUGCUUCGACCUCCACGACACGGAGGACUGCCCCACCCAGACCCAGUCGCCCGACACGCCGCCCCACACCGCCUACCACGGGAGCCGUGGCGACGAGCGGCCGUACUGCGACAUCUGCGAGGCGUUCGGGCACUGGACCGACUCCUGCAACGACGACCAGACCUUCUGAGCCCCGCCCCCGCCCUCCUGCUCCGCCCCCACCUCCUCUCUCACACGUACACUCGCGCGGGCAUGCACAUACACACACACACGCACAUGCGUGGACACACACACGCACACACAUACACACACACACUCACACACACGCACACAUGCGCAAGCACACACACAUACUGUAUAUGCACACAUGUACACACACACACACACACAAACAGGAAACUGAGUGGUGCUGCUGACACCUGUGUGUGUGUGUGUGUGUGUGUACAUUGGGCCCAGAGAAAUAAUCGAUCGCAUGACUAUCUGGUCUGUCCCUUCAGCAGUUCUGCUCCAGCUGUCCCUACUGACUCCGGUACAGGAAGGCUAGUAUGUCUGCUGCUAUUCAGUGCAUUUCAGCUCUUAAUUAAAGUCAUAGAUUAGCUGUAGACCACACACCUUGUUUCCAAGGCUGAAUUGGCUGCUGUGUGAACGGAAACCACACAAACCUGCAGACACUGCAGCCCUGCAGGACUGGAGCUGAACACCACUAAUGUAGGCAUUCUGGGCCUCCCACGGUCAUUUGGCGGUCGACCAAGACAUGCGACUAAUCACACAGUUAGGGACUAAUUAAGAGGUGUUCGUCAGCGCAAGACGAUGAAAUUACACAGCUGCGGAUGAGUGUGGAGGAAGUGAACCGCGGAUUCGAUUCAGACCGUCCCUCUGAACCUCAAAAAAAGAAAUAGCACGUUAAGGCAAAAAAAGCCCACAUGUCUAAGGGUCAAUUAUGGGAUACAGCUGGAAAUACAUACAUUUUAACACAAGUUUAACACAAAACCAAAAAGCUACUUGUCACUUCUUGCAAAUUCUGUUGAUACCGAGAGAAGUCCAUCUGUUUAUGGGCAGGUUUUAAAUCCAUCUUUUUAAGUCAAUAUUGUACAGUAGGUAGUUCAUUUUAUAUCAACAUUUCCCUCCUCCUCAUAGAAAACUGUUCUCUGUGUUCUUGGUGGACAUUUAAAUUCAUAGCUGCAUGGGCUAGUACACCGAGACCAACAUGUCAGUGACCAUUAAUAUUGCUCUGUUUCUCUUCCCAUGCCCCCGAUUAGUGGUAAUUUAAUGAUUGACUGAGAUGAUUGCCACAGUUAAUUAAAUGAUUUAAAAAAAAUUUUUAAUGAAUAUUGGCUUCCAAUAUGGGUCCAAGCAUAUCAAAUCCCCACCCUAUUUUGGAACGUCCAACUAUCUGCAGCCGCAGCCGAGGUCCAAUGCGCGGUCCCCACUGCUGAUUGGGGAGGGUGCAGACAUCCGCAGUUCUCCUUUGAGGAACGUGGUGUCACCAGCUGCUUCUUUUCACACCGCAGCUCACAGCCAAGCUGGCACAGAGCUGCUUCAGAGGAACAGGCUUCGGCAUGCGGUCCACGCAUAGGCGUAGAUUUCGGGGGGGGGACGCAGGGGAUACGUCCCCCUCGAUAUUUAGAACACGUGCAUUUGUCCCCCCCCAAUAAAAACAUGAAAGAAGCAUUUCCUCCAUAAAUUAAUGCAGAAAACGCACAAAUUUGGUGCAUAAAAAUUCACCAGAAUGCAGGAAAUGAAGUGUUUGAUGCUCAAAAUUUCCUGGGUGGGGACCCCCAGACCCCCCGCUUAAUGUGUCCCCCCAAUGUUCAAACGAACCCUACGCCACUGGAUCCACGGUAGGGCUUUAAACGGGCCCAAAACUGUCAGCACCGACCCGACCAGAGCCUGCAUUCCCCUCAGCCCGAGCGCAGCCAGAGCCUGCGUGUUGCGGCAUUCUGAAAGCCGACCCGAUUUGAACCCGACUUUAAUAAGUGUGUUGCCACAGCAGACGCCCUCUGGUUUGGGAUACAGUGUCAUCCAUAUUCUGUUCGAGAAAAAAUUCAGCUGACGUCUGAGUCGGAUUAGUGGAUGUUGCACAGCGGCAGGCUUGUGCAGUAUACCGUUGAUGAAGCUACGUACUUAAGCUGGGUGUCAACAGAACUGCCAAAUCUGCUUACAGGCUAAUACGUGGCUUUGGGCCUGUUUUUUCCCGAUGUUGCUUGGAAAAAUGGGAAGUUGUGGUUUUUUAGGCGUGUUUUUAAAAAUCUGGUCGUUUGUUUGGAAAUGUAACAAGCGACCUGUUUUUUUCACAUUCAUUGUUAAGUUGCUAUUGUUCCAGGACACUAACUAGCUUAUUAAUUUAGCCAUUUACGAACCUCCUACUUUCGUUUUUCAGCUUUAUUAAAAACCAUAUAAAACUGAAAUGCACGUGAGAAAACCCGAUUAUUUCUCUGAGCCAUACGUACAUCUUAAACCCACUCAAACCCUACAGGCCUCCACUCAGAGCACUUUCUUUAAAUAAUAUGCUAGAACCUUCUGCUAUGCUUCUCUCAGCACCUGGAAAUGGGAUUGCUAGUCACCUAAAGUAGAUUUUAAAAUGUACAGAAGAUUUUAAAAUAUUGAGAUGAGGGAAAAAAAAAAAAAAAACUCAUACAGCUGACAAGAAAACAAGACCCGAACUGCCACUGAUCAACAACAGCGACCUCUAGUGGCAAGUUGGCAUGGCUGCAGGAGCCAGUCUUGCAGUGCGUAGCCAGUGAGAGACACUACCUUAUUUAUGGCUGCUGACCUUCAGCUACAGCCAAAACUAAAAUUUGUGUUUGUUUGUUUUUAAAAUUUUUUUUAUUAUUUAUCUGUUAUGUCUACAGGAAUGAUGAGGGUGUGGGGCUGUUUUAUUUUACAGUCCAGCACACUCGAGCGCACUCGCUAGUUCGUUCAGUUGGGUCGCCGAGCAGAAAGUGGAGGUAGGCCUGUGAGGCUCAGCCAGAGAGAAACUCAGGCCAGGACCAGACGGUUUCCGGUGGCAACGCCGAACCAGAUGCUAACAGACACACUGCACUGCACACUUUAAACUUCAAACCUCCCGUUUCCAUUUUUAAACACAAGGCUCCUGUUAACUGCCUCUCUGUGAAACCCCUUGUAGUGACCAAUUAGGAAUUAUAAAUAUCGAGGGUAGCGAUUAUUCUGUCGGGUUGUAUGGAUCACCUUUUCCUCUCCCCUCUUUAGAACGUGGAGUAUGUGUACUUAUAAAAAGGAAAUAUAUGGUAUUGUUUGAACCAUGUCUUGUAUCUCUCGGCAUACCUGUAAUAUAAUUGUGGAAAGUAGAAUUGUUUUAUUGUAAAUAGCUUCUGUAUUUACUCUAAGUAAACUGUACUUAUCUUGGCACAACGACAUGAAAACAGUUUGUUUUUGUCUUUUCCUCUUUCUGCACAAAACGCUUGUUCACUUGGCCUGUCCCGCAAGUCAGGGGUGGGGUCAAUUCCAUUUUAGUUCAUUCGGUUCAAGAAAUACAUUUCAUAUUUAUUUCAUCACUUGAAUAUAAUAGCGCUCGGUGAUGAUUUUUCAGUUAGUAAAUUUGAAAUUAUUUUCUGAACUGCCUGAAAUGAAGUGGACUGGAUCCCAGCUCUGCUGUGGGUCACCAGGAGUAUAGCACACCUAAGUUAGUAACUACAAGCACAUUGUGGACUGUUUCUACUUUAAUAAAACGGUGGUUGUCUUUGAUGGGCAUUUUGUCAUUUUCGAAUAUAUAUAUUUUUCAUAACGCAGAAUGUCAUGAUAUAUUUAUACAAAUGCACUCCUGUAACCAGCGCAGCGGCUUCCGUCUUCUCUUCGAACCUCCUCGGCGCCCAGGGUGCGCAGCUCUUUGACGGCGUGCGAGUUAAAGCCAAUCUUUCAACUGCUAAAAAAUAAAAAUAAAAAAUACAUGAGAAAUAA